ACAACUUUUCUUUGUCAUUAACCAAUUCCUAAUCAUUUCAAUCCUUUCUACCUAAAAAUAGUUCCAAGGUUCUAAAAUACAGAAAGAUCAAGAGAAGACAAAAUCUGUACUUAACUAACAUAUUUUUGGGAUUUUCAUAAACUUUCGGUCAGCCGACUUUCUUUUUCUUAAUAAUCGGCAUUUUGAUCUCUUUUGACCCUCCAUUGAUAACUACGUGCAGAUCUGUCUUCACUGGAUUUCAACUUCCAUUGCCCUUUUCUAUUACAAAAAUCAUUCUCUUUCAUGUGAAAGUGUCAAGACUCAGAAGUACAAACCUUUUUUUGCAUUUUUCUUUUGAAUUGAAGCCCUUUGAUUAUCUGAAAUUCAAGAGUAGUUUAGAGAAUUCAAUGCUUUAUGGGUUUUGGUUGUUCUACUGAAUAUCUUUCCACCAGCAAUUCUGUUUCUCUCUUGGGUGUAUAAUGCUCGACCUACUUUUACCUUUAAUCUGUGUUCUGCAAAUGAUUUAGUAAUCUUCUUGAAAAUGGGUGGAAGAAACCUUUUGUCAUCAGAUUCGCAAAAACACUCGAGAUCCUUCACUUCGGUUUUGGGAUCAGCUCUUCUUGAAUGGGUACUCAUUGUUAUGUUGUUUGUCUAUGGAAUUUUUGGAUACCUAAUCGCGAAAUUUGCUCGUUAUUGCGAAUUGCCUAUUCCUUGUUUGCUAUGUUCAAGGAUUGAUCAUAUUCUAGGAGGUGAAAAGGUUGGAUUUUAUUGGGAUAUGAUAUGUGGUAAUCAUAAGUUAGAAAUCUCAUCCUUGGUUUAUUGUCAUUUCCAUGAGAAGCUUGUUGAUGUCCAUGGCAUGUGUGAAAGCUGCCUAUUCUCGUUUGCUACGAAAGAUAAAUCGAAUUCUGAAACUUAUAGAUUGUUGGUUGGUAAAUUGGGCGGAGAAGAUCUUAGUGGUUUUGACGAUAACCACGUGACCGGUGAUCGUAAGACCAAGAGCUUCGACAUGAAACAUUGUUGUUGUUGUAAUGAGUUAUGGACUUCGAGAUGUCAUGCCCAUUCAUUACUUCAAACUAGGUCGACUGGGUUAGACGAUGUGGAUAUCGACUCGCCUUUUUUGAGUCGAGAUUGUAGUCAAGAUCUUACUGACAUGAAAAAGGAAGUAAAGUCAUUGCAUUCAUUGGCUGAUUUUGGAGGAAAAUCUAAGGAUUCUUUGGUUCAAUGUGAAUACACAGAGCUGAAAGUUACCUCCGACACUGAAUUGGAUAAUCGUAUAUCUGAUGCUGAAGACAUGAAAUCAUUGAUUUCUAAUGAUCCUUUACGAGAUUUGAUAUUAGAUUCUACACCAAUGAAACCAUUUACCGCUGUAUCUGAAGAUGAAUAUGCCUAUGAAAAGCCUAACAGUCCUACAAGUGUGCAUAUUGGCCAUGGAUUGGAAGAACUUAGUUGGCAGGAAGUAGAUAAUAAGGUUUAUCCAUCUACAUCAACAGAUUCAACGAAAAGCAAUACUUUGUUGGAGUCACCGAAUGAUGGGAUCGUCUUGAUCGAUUUUCCAAUAGACGGAGAGCUGAAAGUCACCUCUCACACUGAAUCCGAUAUUCAGAUAUCUGAUGCUGAAGACAUUAAAGCACUGAUUUCUAAUGAUCCUCUAAGAGAUUUGAUAUUAGAUUCUACACCAAUGAAACCAUUCAAUGCUGCAUCGGAAGAUGAAUUUGGGUACGAAAAGCCACUUGAUCUGGAUUUGUCAUCCGAACCCUCAGAAUCAAUACAUGUGGUGCAAUCUGAUAAAUCUGAUUUGCCUUACAGUCCUGCAGUAGCACCUCCGUCGACUACUAUAAGCCAUGGAUCGGAAGAACUUGAUUGGCAGGAAGUCGAUAGUAAAGUUGAUCCAUCUACAUCAAUAGAUUCAACAAAAAGCAAUGUUUUGUUGGAGUCAGCGAAUGAUGGGAAUGUCUCUAUUAGUUCUCCGGUAGAAGGAGCAAAUAUCGAAGACGCGACAAUUUUAUCGGAAAAAGAUGACACCGAAGACUCGAAGGACUUUGACAUUAAAGAAGCUGUAGUUGUGCAAACAUUGAUUCCUGCGGCUGAUAAAACCCGAGAGUCGGAAUCCUUGCAAAUUGCCGCAGAUUCGAACAGUUUGAAUAUUAAGCCUGAACCCAAGGAUGGUGUUUUGUCUAUGCCAAAUCAAUUGGAACUUGGUGAUGCAUAUAAGCUAGCAAUUAGCAGCAGGAGCAGGCAAUUCUCGGGUAAAUUGGCCGAGCAGCUUAGUGGGAAGGAAUCACCAAGAAUCAGUCCUGAUUUGAUGCUAUUGCUUUCACAAUUGUCUAGAGGAUCCGAGUUUCCUUAUAACGACAUAUUGAGUCCUAGCCCUAGGCCAUCUCGAAAUCUCGAUGAGAUCAAGACGGGCGAUUCAUCUACUUCAAUCGGAAUGAAAUUUCUUCAAAAAAAGCUUUCACUCGAGAGAAAUGAUUCCAAGUCCUCACUUGAUAGAAAUGAGUCCGGAGUUGAGUCUUUAGAUUUCAGUACUGUCGGUGAAAUUGAAGGAGAAACUGAACUUGAUCGGUUGAAACGACAACAUGAACACGAUAAGAUGUUUUUGAUUACUUUGCUGAAAGAGUUGGAGGAAGAAAGAAAUGCCUCAGCAAUUGCAGCAAACGAAACAAUGGCUAUGAUUACGAGAUUGCAGGAAGAGAAAGCUGCUCUACAAAUGGAAGCCUCACAUGAUCUAAGGAUGAUGGAAGAACAAGCCGAGUACGACAUCGAAGCAUUGGAUAAGUUGAACGAACUUUUAACCGAAAAGGAGAAAGAAAUUCAAGAUUUAGAGGCAGAGCUCGAGGAUUAUCGAAACAAAUAUCCGAACGAAUCUGCAUCGGAAAACCUUGUCGACUCUGCACCAAUUGCAAGUAUAAGUGAUCCUAAUGACUUGAACGUCUUCACUGGAAACCUCGAGAGUAAUUUACACGAGCCAUUGUUCGAAAUCGAAAACGAAAAAAACCAUAUUUUGGAGCGUCUAAAUAGUUUGGAAACGAGGUUAAGUGUUUUGUGUUGUAAUCAACGUGGGAUAGAUUCAUGUGAAAAACCUUCUGAAGACGGUCAAGAAGUGAAGAAUAGAAUCGAUGAGAAUGGUGUAAUAUCACAGAAAGGCGGCUUCACCAUGAUCGGAAGUUGUCAUAGUUUAGUAAGACGUAUGCGUUCUUUCGAAAGGUCCAAGUCUGCUGGUGCUGAACAAAGUGCAUUAAUCCUUAAAGAGGCUGAUAUUAUAUGUCUAGCGAGCGAAGUAUCUAUCCUAAGUAAGAGAUUACAAGCACUUGAAGCUGACCGUUCGAUCCUUGAGAAUUCGAUCAACACACUGAAAAAUGGGGAGGAGAAGCUAAUACAGGAGAUUGCAUCUCACCUUCGAGCAUUGCGAAAGAUUGGUAUCCGAAGAUAUGAUCAAUGUAACCAACAAAAAAGGUAAUAAGGGCACGAUUUUACUACCAGAUCAAUGUUUCGACAGUUGAGCACAAAACAAUGGUUUAAAUACUGAGAUAUACGUAUAAAUCUGAGUUUACAGAUCUGUAUUGCAGCUAAUAUAAAUGUGCAUAUUUGUUUUCCAUUUGAUAUACUUAUUUGGUCAUUUUGUGGGUGUAUACUGUAUACUAUACUGUAUAUUGUAUUGUAUACUGUAAAAUGAGCAGAACACAUAAUGGUUGAUUGCUUGCCAACCUUGUAUAUCAACUACUUAUGUUAUAUUAUGCAUACAUAUAUACAAAUCAAAUUCUGCUUCUCAAAA